UCUAUCUCAUAAAGUCUAUCCUUCGCAAAACCUGUCGGCAAAACAUGUUAUCCAAAUAAAUUCCAAAACACCCACAUGUGAAGCUCUUCGGAAUUCGUCUUUAAUGUAAACUGCACCUUACAAUCGAGCGAUAAUUGUCACUGUUUUGGUUCCAAGCCAUUGUGCGUUCAUUGGGCUUGUUACUGCCACUUGGGCCGCACCGCUUGCGCUUGGCAUCGCGACGCCGCGAAUUAUUAUGUUAGGUAUAAAAGGCUUGAACCGGCUUCAGACUGAUUUGAGAUUCUGUUAUUGAGCACAUAGAGGCUAUGAUAGUUCCCUCAGAACACACAUUUAUUUGUUGUCGUUUGUGUCUUCAGAACUCCUUCUGGUGAAUCCAGGAAUGGCCAUUACUGUGUACUAAAACAAUGGAAUGUGAAGUGACAAUUUGAAAUGUGGGUUGUUAACAAAAAUUGUGUUAAAACUCGUGAGUGCGUAACCUUCUGAUAAUGAAUGACAUUAGAUAGUGUGUGGUUGUUGGUGUUGCUUUAAUUAAAUUCUGGAGAUGACUUCAUUCGUCAUUAACAAGGACUCGUGCCGCCUGGUGGGCGGGUCCAAGUUCUACGAGGUGAUGGACGGCGGGGCGUCGGCCGACGACUCCACACCCUCGCCCACUGAGAAGCACGACCACAUGAAACCCAUCGAGAGCGACGAUGAAGUAUCCGACGUGGACCAAGAAUGCACGGUGUUCAGCGGCGUCAGCUACCUGGGCGCGCAGAACAUCGCGGACCCCAAGAACGAGAACGACAUCCAGCGCAUCAUGAAGGAACUCAGCUCCAUGCCCGAGAGCCGGGAUGGCAUCGCCGUCUCUAUCUCCAUCCCUGUGUGCUCGCAGGGGCUUGUUGUGUUGUACCAGGCGGACACGAACAGCGUGAUGACGCGGUACUCUGUCAACCGCAUAUCGUUCUACGCGCGCGGCGCGGCGGGCUCGCCUGUGGCGGCAUGCUUCGCGUUCACGUGGUCGCACGGCGAGACCAAGGAGUCCGCCGUCUACCGCUGCCAUGUGUUCCGCUGCCACAUCGCCGAGGCCGUCAGCCAGGUCUCCAGUUGCUUCGCGAAAGCGUUCGAGCGCAUUCCUCGCUCGAUGGCGUCUUCCCUGGUGGGCGAGCUGAGCGCGGCGCCGUCGAUGACGGGGUCACUGACCGAGGGCGCCGGGGUGGCGCCCAUGCAACUCAUGCAUGUCCUGGAGUGCACCGUGGAUAUUAAGGAGAGCGAUGCUAAGGGUACAUUCAGCCACGUGCCGAAGGAACGUCUCGGGUUCAAGCUGCGCGGGGGCAUAGACAAACAAGUGACGAUCACAGUACAACAGGUCACCAACAACGCGCCCGCUGACCACGACGAUCCACAGAGUGGGACCACAGGUGGAUUGUUUAUUGAACGCUGCUUUGGCAUCCUACUAGCACCGGGGCGCAGCGUGAAACAUUCCGACAUGAGGUUGCUUGAAAUGGUGAGCGGAUCAUCAGGUGGGUCCGGCUGCUCAGUGUGCGCGCUGUGGAACGCGGGCGAGUCCGCGCUAGCGGCGUUCAACGUGGCCAGCGGCGACGGCGCACCUGCGUACAUGUCGCUGGCGCUCGACCUCGUCAUCCGGGGCAUUCCUGACCCCUUGAGAUUGGUGGUCGAGUGUCCGGUGAAAAUAUUUCCUCCCACCGAGAGGUUCUGGUACUACUCGAAGAGGCCGCUCGUGCAGCAGUUUUACAUCAAUCUCAAAGAGUGUGUAGACCCACUGGGGGUGCUCCAGUACGAGGUGGCGAGCGUGGAGACGUCGGGCGAGCUGGACCGCUCGCGGCUGAACCUGCCGCUGUCGCUGUCCAGCCUGCUGCCCUCGCCGCUGGCCAGCGCGCCGGCGCCGCCCUCGCCUUCCGAGCCGGACUCAGAUGGGGAUGAACCACUCCUGAGUGGUACGGGCGAGGUGUCGAAGGACUGUGGUGAAGAUGUGCUAGUCAACUGGGCUCAAGUUCUCAGAAGUUGGACGGGCCCCCGCCCUCGCGCCCUGACGCACCUGGUGCGCGUAGGCGUGCCCGAGGCGCUGCGCGGCGAGGUGUGGCUGCGGCUGGCGGGCGUCGACCAGAACGACCGGCUCAUGGACACCUACCGCACGCUCAUCAGCAAGGUGAGGAACUGGCAGGACUGCCCAUUCGAGGCAGUGAUCCAACGCGAUAUAGCACGAACAUUCCCAGCGCAUGACUUCUUCCGUGAGGCGGGGGGUUUAGGACAAGACUCUCUGCUACGUAUGGCGCGCGCAUACGCCGUCUACGACAUCGAGGUCGGCUACUGCCAGGGACUCAGCUUCCUAGCCGCCACACUACUGCUGCAUAUGCCAGAAGAGCAAGCGUUCUGCCUGCUCGUGCGUCUGAUGUACGACUAUAAGUUACGAGAGCUGUACAAAGAUGGCUUCGAGGCGCUCUACAUGCGGCUGCAUCAACUCGACAGGCUUAUGGAGGAACAACUAGCAGACCUACGCGCGCAUUUCCAAAUGCUGGGCAUCGAACCACACAUGUUCGCGUCACAAUGGUUCCUUACAGUGUUCACUGCGAGAUUCCCGCUGCCACUGGUGUACCACAUCUUGGACGUGUUUUUGCUGCAAGGCGUGGACACGUUGUUCCAAGUGGCGAUGGCGCUGCUCUCUCGCUCCAAGAAGGAUCUGCUGCUCCUCGACUUUGAGGGUGUCCACAAAUAUUUCAGGGUGACGCUACCAAAGAAAUGUCGCGCAGAGGAGGCAUCCAGGCAGAUAGUGAAGCUGGCGUGCAGCAUCAAAGUACGGCGGCUGCAAAAGUACCAAGCCGAAUACGAGAAGCUAAUCAAAGAGGCGGCCGAGAAGGAGAUAAUAAACGUAGAACUGGAAAAGUUAAAGCAAAUAAACACACAGUUACAACAAGACAAACAGUUGCUUGAAACACAGCUGGACGAGACUCGCACGUCGCUUGACGAAGCCAAGAAGAACGCGACUCACUUCGAGGCGGUGACUAACGACUAUCGCGAGAUCUGUGCGCGGUUGGACAAACAACUACAUCAAAUACAGGACACCGUUAAAGACUGCGCCGCCUGCACGCUCAAGCUCUCGCAGAAAGAUAACAAAGAAGAAUCAGAACAAAAAGAAGGCGAGGAGAAAAUUGAAGGCGCAAGCGAUACAGAAGCGCGACUGCGGCAGCGCGUGCGCGACUUGGAAUUGGAGCUGGCUCAGGUUAAACUGGCUCAUGUUCAGGCACAGUGCAGCAAUCAGGAAUUAAGUCAUCAAUUGAACACGGCGCUGAAUGAGAUGCAGACUGCUAUGAAUCAGAAACAAGCUGACACGCCGUGGCUCGUGCGUACACUCGGUUCCAUCAUGGAAGCAGCACAGAACAGGCCGUCAUUCCAAACGUACCUACCGAAUAUGAACCAAGAACCGCAGUCUCCCUCGCUACAGAAACAACACUCACAAAGCCCGCAGAGUCUCGACAGACGCGUGUCCGACCCGUACAGCCCGGACGUCGUGCGGAGGAAGAAGGAUCUCAAUACCAAGAGGCACUCGAUGCUCGUCGAAUCCAACCUCACCAAGGAGGCAAAGGAUCUAAACCGACGGAGCCACGACGUGACGAACGCGGCCAUCGUAAAAAACCUCUCGAUGGGUUGACACCAGCGUUCCAUUUCCAAAUUCUGGAUAGCAUGAGACUCGUGGCGUUUGUAUAUUUAUCUGUUAAGUGUGCUUGAAAAUACCCGUCAUUGUUUAGUCGCCCAUUCACAUGUACACAACAUGCGACGUUGUGCAUACUCACAACGUUAUUUCGCAUCUAUUUCUCUUGCGUAACAAUAAAUCAUAUUACAAAUGUAAUCGUAUAAUUAGUUUUAAUAUACUCAAUCACAUUAUGUAUUAAUAUUUAGUAGAACACGAAAAUAUAGAAUCCCUAUUUGUGAACAUGCGUAUGGACGGCUUAAACUGAGAUAAUAGUCUGCAAUGUGCACAUAACCGUAACACUAGUCAUUGUAAGGUAGUAUAAUACAAGCACGUUAUGCGUAUAUAUGUUGACCUUAAAAGAUUUCGUACGAUCCUUUCUGGCGCUUAAUACCAAAAAGUCGCAUAGGCUGAGUGUUUAAUGUUUCCAUUGCCUUUCAAACUGAAGUGAAACAUUGUUUGCCGGUAUGUGUAGCGCCGAACAACCUGUUCCCUGAUGAAGCCAGUAUGUAUAAACACAUGUAACUUCAUACUUAUUUAACUGCACGAUUGUAACCUAGAUUAUAUUUACACCUUGGUUAUUAAAGGAUGGUUGUGUAGGUGAGGGCACAAGAGAUUGUUACUGCAUUUUUAUGGCAGAUUAGUGCACCUUAGGAAUGUGCUCUGUUGCCUUCGUUUCGUCUGCGUUCGCUAAACGAGCACCUCGUAAAGGUGAACGCGUACCUAGACAGAUUAAAUAAUAAUAUAAAAUGCAAUGAGUCGGUGGGUGCGGCCCCUGCGGCGCGUCUCGGUGCGCGGCCACCUUUAGGACUCGAGGAACGACAUAGCACGAGUGCCUUGGGAAGAAUAGGUUUAAGAUACGAUCCUUAUUAUUAUUUUAGCGUGUUUAUUUCCGUUCAGUAUUUAAUAGAGUUCUCGAAUAGUUGGUUAAGAUUGUGUUUCGGCAAAUAGAAGUGAAAAGUUUUGAUAAUAUAAUAUUAUGCAUGUACUGCCUCAGGGCUAAAAUUAUCCUUUCACACUUAAAAAACAUACAUACAUUAAAUCACGGCAGAGCAAAUAAUUAAUAAAAAAAUAUAUAUGAAAUAAGUUACAACGAAUAAACGUUCUAAAUCCCGUCAUUUCAAAGACUCAAUUAUGAGAUGCAAAAUUAAACGACGAUUAACGAUCUACAUAAACGCACUUUAAAUAGUCAAACAAUAUAUCUGUGGCCACAAAAGAAAUAUUUUAAAAGAAUGGAAGGCGAUUUAAAACGUCCCACAGUCUACAUUGUGUUGCAGAUUAUGCGACGAUGACCACUUGCGCAGGUGUAAUCUGUGAGCUCUUCAAAUUAAUUCAAUAAUUAAAAUGGCGACUAGUCUCGUUUUACGUCAUCACUAAUUUCGGUGUAGCAUUCUCCAUUCUUGUCCAAAAAAGUCUAAUUCUUUCACUCGUUAAUCUGUUCCAUGUAGGCUCUUCUUGGUCUUCCCCUUCCAUCGUUUUGCAUAAAGAGCUAUAUAACAUAAAUAUUGCAAAAAAUACCUCAAAUCUAUUACUUUCCGUUUUAGUUAGGCCUUACGAGGUUUUUGUACUCAGUGGCGGCCCUAGGGCGCGGUGCGAACGCUUUUAGGGAGGCGCUAGGAUCAACCAAGACGGGACCAAUGGCUGGCAGCCCCGGAUCUGCAGGAGUGUAACUGGAUUGGGCACACCUGCCCUGUGAAUUAGACCUCUUAGCGGCCACAUAAAACUCAUACAUUUAAUGGGUGGUCGUAAACGACAUUUUAAAAGAUUUAAUUAGGUAUGGGUCCAAAAAAGCUACAGAGUGGGUUCCUGCAAGUGCUGUCAGACGUCGGGGAAGGCCACGGAAAAGAUGGCGCGACGAGUUAGACCGCUUCUCGAAACGGUGGCGCGAACAAGCUGGGAACAGGGAGGAGUGGAAGAAGGGAAGAGAGGCCUUUGCCCUGCAGUGGGACAUUGAGGGCUAUUAAUAAAUAAUAAUUAGGUAUAUUUCGGUGGCCUAAUCGAAAAAACUGUGUUUUGAAGUCUGGCACCACCUGAAUAAUUUGCUAGAGACGCCACUGUUUAUACUCGUAAUACAUGCAAGUAAAUAAAACGUCAAAUCUAAAUUAUGAAGCAAGCCUUACCAAACCAGACCUUAUUUAGAGGCACAUAAAAGACUUAGAAAAUCGAGGAAACAACCUUAUGAACGUCGAAAAGUUACUCCUAUUUGAAAUGUUUAUUUAUUCCUAGAUAUUAGUGGAUCUUAUGAUUGCUUAUGAUAUUUUUCUUAGUUUUUAUUUUAUAAUGUGUCUGAAAAGAUAUCGUGUUUAAGGUAAAAUUUAUAAAAGAACGGCACAUGAAACCGACAGGUGACGAAAUUUAUUGCUUAUGCUAGUAACGCUACAAUUUCAACUGAUUCCACAUGAGCUGGAAUCUUGCUUGGAUGUUAGAUUCCGUUUAUUACAUAAAAGUCCGUUAAUAAGGGUAUCCUAUAAACCGAAUGAGACCCCCAAGUUCUCCCCAUUUGUCCGGCCAAGUAUAGGCAAACCUACAAUAAGUCACGUCAAAAAAAAAACAUCUUAUAAAUUUUAGUAAUCGUAGCGGCACUAGCACAACAGUGAUUAUUUUAUUAUCUAUGGGUUUAAGCCCUAUUGGGUCAUAUAAAUAAUUAUAAAGAAAUUUAAGCGUGUAAUUGGCUAUUAUUUUUCGAAAUUUUUCUCCUUAGUAAUAUGAUAUGACUUGAUAUUAUUUGUACUUUGUAGUAGUAGAACGAAUAUUAUUGGAACUAAAGUUGUUUGUCUUAGAUUUCUAUGUGCACAGAGCUUACUUUGUAUAUAAAUGCAGUAGUGAUGUUAAUAUUGGUGCCGAUAGACAAAACUUAAUGUUAUUUUAGUCGGAUAGCUCUAAAAAUAGUGCCGUCCUUCUCUUACAUGAAUGCAAGACAGAGAUGAAGCUAGUUUUAGUACUAUCAAACUAAAUUAAAAUUAAGUUUGUGUGUGCAGGCAUUAUUAUUUAGGCAUUAUCCCAAGGUAUAAAAAACUCAUCUAAGAUUGACUUUCACUGUUUUUGAAAUAUAUUUACUUCAAGUUUUUCGAAUGUCAAAGAAAAGCAGCUAACUUCUUAUGAUGAGACGUAUGGACCAGAAAUUAAGCUGGUAUUUGCAUCUUGUUCAGAAUAAUCUGUAUUAUAUCCUGCGUAACACCAACAAGAUAUCUUGUAUGUACAAUUGUACAGUCAGUAAAUUCAGUAAUAUGUUUUACUUACUCUUAAAAGACACACAACUGCACUGAACUGAGAUACAUUAACUUGAUAACAUCCUAUAUAAUAUUCGACAUUCGUCAAAGUUAUUUCAACAUACAUUCCUAUUUAUAAAAGUAUCACUUCCAUAGCAUAGUUUUUCCGGUAUAAAUAUUUGACGUUUCUCUAUAAUUACCUUCGAUCAUAUUGCUGGUAGAUGCAGAGUUCCAAACAAAAAAACAAACAAAAUAUCGUCCUCGCGUCAGUUCUCAUGUAUAAGUACCUCUUUAAGUAUUUCGAAAAAGUCGGGAUUAUUCGAGUUAACUAUAAAAAAUCGGCGCGCGAAUUGAACGAAACGAGGCGCAUCACUGUUAACGCCUCCAUUUUAUACGCGGCAACAGUCCAUCAACCUAUAACAUAAUAAUAUUAUGAUCGAAGAUUAUUACGGUAACGAAAAGUCAUAAAUUGUUCUCUCGUAUAUUGAACAUAUUUGUUUGUAAAAAAUAAUUCCUCACGCAAUAAUUGUAUACCUAUCGACUUACGAAAACAUAUAAUAUAGUUUUAGGUAAGCUCUCUAAAUUCUAAAUUACUACAUGGACAACGCUAUAUCAUUAUUUAGACAAUAACAUUAUUGUAUAUCGAAAUUAUCAUUACAUAUGAAUAAUUAGGUUUCAUAAUAAUUUUGUUUUCCAAUAUUUAAAAUAGGUACUUAUGUUUAUGUUUUUUUUUUUAUUGUGAAUUAAUCCUCCAUAUUGCAUAAUAAAAUGUAGUUCCUAUACAAAAAUGGAAAUUUGAUUUUAAUUUUUUUUAUGUAUGAAAAAUAAUAAAAUAUGAUUAUGGCUACACUUGACACAAAACAUAUAUUGUUAAGUGCUAUUAUCUUUAACUGUCUUUGCCCUUUGCCAUGACUUUACUUGCCAUAUCAUCAAUACUACAAUCCCUUUUUUUAACUAAUACUUAAGUUGCUAAUAUAACAAACUUUUUAUUUUGAUCUCUAAUUCUAUGAGCGUAAGAAUAUAUUUAUUAUAAAUUGUAAUGAAUUUUAAAACACAAAUUGAAUAUAAUCGUGUUUAGUAUUAUGAUAAUGAAGAGAAAAUUGUAUAUGAGUAUAAGGAAGAUAUUAUUCUAUUGUGACUAACAUAAUAUAGAUUUUGUCUUUUAUUAUCGAACUUCAUUUAGUUUUCCUUGCGUAUUUCAAUAAAAUAUUGUUGAUAAUCGUUUGCUAAUUAAUGAGAAUACCUACUCAUUAAUGUUUGUUAACUAAAUAGGAGAUAAUCCUGAUAAAAUGAAUGCGAAAUUUCAAACAUUUUGUUGACAUUUUACCACAUGAUAACUUCAGGCCUAGACGAGAAUGAUUAUUUAGUAUCAGUGGUCAACACACUGCAGAUGUUCCCAAUACACACAUGACAUGACGUUAUUAUAUAGUAUUUCGAAAGCAAUGAAACUACUAUUUGUGUGAGAUAAUGCCGCCGGCAAUAAAUUUGUCUUCAGAAACCAAAUUGUCUAUCACACACACAUCAUCUUGUGUUGAGCUCUAAAUGCAAUUUUACCACCAAUCCUUUUAACAUUAUCAUUCCAAUUUUAACAUGUACCUCUCGUGUAAGUAGAAUGAUUUACUGUUUAGAUCGUCUCAUGGGUUUGAUAGAAAUUAUUUAGAAGUUACAUCGUAAAAAUAGCUUUAUAAAUACUGCGAUCAUGAUUUUAGAAUGCAGCAAAGUUAGUGUGCGCCGAAAUGUUGUUUUAGUCUCAUUUAUGGAAAUAAACAUUUUACAGAUGA